AUGGCGAAAGCGGACUACGAGAAGCCAGAUGACAUGUUGCAAUGGUUGAUCGAUGCCCAGGACAAAUCCAAGAACGGCUCACGCAACGAUGCGGAGUUGGCAAUUUGGCAACUAGGCGCCAGCUUUACUGCGAUUCAUACUACGACGGCGACAGCGACGAACGCAUUGUACACACUAGCAUCGAUGCAAGACAUCAUCCCGGUCCUCCGAGAAGAGAUUCAAGAAGCACUUGCAGGGUCCGGCAAUGAGUUCACCAACGCUGCACUGCAGAACAUGGUCAAGCUGGAGAGCUUUCUCACUGAAUCGAUGCGUACUUAUCCCAUGAGCGCCGGUAUGAUGUUCCCCCCAGACUUCUGGAAGACUACACCUCUGACACAAGUAUCAGCGAAUGCUCAACGCAAGGUUCUCCAACCUUUCACUCUUUCGAAUGGCCAAACCAUCCCAUCCGGUGUCCUCAUUGAAUUACCAUCGGCUGCCGUCAACAUGGACGACAAUCUUUAUCCCUCAAGCAGCCAGUUUGAUGCCUUACGGUUCUCUAAGUUACGGCAAAACAAGGUCAAAGCUACAGAAUAUGGCACUGAAGUUGGUCACUUGUUCUCGAGCGUGGGACAAACGAGUUUGAACUUCGGGUUCGGCCGACACGUCUGCCCAGGUCGCUUUUUCGCGUCUGUCGAAAUCAAGAUGAUCGUUGCGAUAAUUCUGAUGAACUUUGACAUCUUGCUCGCGGAAGGCGAGACGGAGAGAUACAAAAACAUUGAGAUUGGUGUUCAGUCCAUGCCGGAUCCCGCGAAGACAACUCGACUGAAACGACGCUCAUGA